UAUAUACUUUAUAAUACUGUGAAUCCCAGUGUUAUACCAACUCAAUCACCCCUUAUUAUCUCAACGGAAAUCAGGGGAUCGAUCAAUUCGUGGUGUCGAUUGUUAUAAUCGUAACGGGGAUUUACGACCCCCGUUGACGUCUCUCCUCGCGAGUACGUCUCCCCGCGAUUGCAUCUAAUAAUGGUAUAUUUAUUUUAACGGAAAGCAAUAAUUGAUAUCUGACACUUGUGUAUCAAAAAUAGGCUACAUAUUCUGCCUGUAUAUAUUGUUAACACUGUUAUAAAAUAUUACGAGGAUAAGAAAAGUGUGAAACGAGACAAACGAAAACGUGCGUUUAGCUUAAACGGCGACCGAGUAUCUCUCCGAGGUCGGUGCUGCUGAUAUUUAAAGGGGGUCCUCUUCAAGGUCGGUGCUACUGAUAUUUAAAGGGGGUUCUCUCUAAGGUCGGUGCUGCUGGUAUUUAAAGGGGGUCCUCUUUAAGGUCGGUGCUGCCGAUAUAUAAAGGGGGUUCUCUCUAAGGUCGGUGCUGCUGGUAUUUAAAGGGGGUCCUCUUUAAGGUCGGCGCUGCCGAUAUAUAAAGGGGGUCCUCUCCAAGGUCGGUGCUGCCGAUAUAUAAAGGGGGUCCUCCGAUUCCCGGCAGAACCAGAACAUCAUCCGACCUAGACGCGUAAACUACGCAGAUCGGUCUAGUCCAACAUUAACAUUCGAAAAUUUUUCGAAAACUUGUAAAAUAUGGAAAUUUUACAAAGGACAAACGAUCGGUUCCGAGAAGGAGUUCCCGUCCAGGUGGUUCGAGUCGAAUCACUUACCACCAUGUGGGUCCGUUUGACUGGAUGGCCGAAGAUAACCCAAACGCUCAAUUCGGAGAUGCUGCAGCAUCCCAAUGGGUACUUGCCGAAGGCGAAGAGUUUGAAGCCAGGCAUGCUAGUCGCCGUGCUAGCAAAUUUUGAAAAAGCCACUUUCUGGGACAGAGGUGUACUUUUACAACAAACGACGACUGGUUACACCGUCUUUUUAAUCGACUGGGGGAUAGAAACCCAGCAAACCCUCAGUUCGAUCCGUUUGCUGCCACGCAAAUUUGCGUCGAUGGCACCAUGGGCCAAGAAGAUCCGCCUGCUAGGCGUGCGGGACCAAGCGGAGAAAGCGCUGAAACACCGUGUGGCGCAAGUCACCAUGCUGAAACGGACAGGAUGCCUGAUGGACAUCAACCCUUCUCCAGGAGAAGAAUUGACCGCGAGGUUGCUGUUGGACUUGGAGUCGGAACAAUCGCCCAAAGACAUGGGGGCACAUUGGUUGGAGCUGGGAUACGUCGAUCCCCAAUAAUCGCUACUCUUGCCAGACUCUUUUUUUCUAUGUAUAAUAAUUCUUGUAUGUAUAGUUUUGUAUGUAUGGUUCUGUAUGUAUGGUUUUGUAUGUAUGGUUGUAUGUACAGUUUUAUGUGGAUGUUUGUAUUUUUCUAUAUAUAUUAGUACUGAAUUGUGUAUUCUUAGUCAAGACUGUUUGUGAAUAAAAACUAAUGAAAGCUUAAAAACUUGUUAACUCUCUCUUAUCCUUCCUUCCCAUUCACACAAGUCCUACAAUAUUAAAUUUAAUGUCCAGCUGGACAAAUUAUAAAGUACAAAAUA